AUGCUGAAACGGAAAAGAUGCACCGUCGAUGGCAUUCAAGCUUGCAAUGGAGCGGGUGAUCUCAAUCCUUUCGUACGUUAUUUGGCGACCACACCUGACGCCCUUGUACAGCAAGAAAGCAGUGCAAGGAAGGAGACUGCGAGGGAAGGAGGAAGAAGACAGGAGAACUCGAUGCUCCUUGGGCCGAUGAUUCUAUGGAUAUCGACGAAUAGUUCCGAAAGUCGUUUGGAGAUCAGUACAGAUGAUGCUUUGCUUGCCCUCCCAAUACGGGAGAAGAUCCUUUAG